AAUCGUGGCUGUAAAGCUAUGGUAGGGGGAUUUCCUACCUUGCUUGGAGCUUGUAUAAAGAGGCGAUCUAAUUCCUGUAUGUUUUGUUUGGUAGAUCGGUUGAACACUGUUAUUGACUUGCAAACAUGAAGCUUUUCUAUACGUUAUUUGCUCUGGCUGGAACACUAGCAAAUGCAGCUUAUACAGGCGAUAUCGUUCAAUACUGGUAAGCUAACACCUUUGAAAAUUGAUUGUUCUCUGUCCUGAUGAGUUCAGGGUCGACCAAUCAGCCAUUCUCGUAAAUGGUACCAUAAUAGGAGGACUGCCAUCUCCCCCAUCCGGCUGGUUUGAAGCAAUGGUUCAAGCCUCCGUCCUCCUCGCAGCUACAGAAUCCACCUCUGAAUCCCUCUCUUUCCAACAACUAGUAGUCUCCCACGCAGCACACGAUGCCCUCCUCUGGACGUUCCACGGAACCCGCCUCUACGCAACCGUGAACGCAAAACUAAAAGCCGCUCUCCCAGCAAUCGGCCUCGAUCCUGCCUCCUCUUCGGGUGGAAAAGCCAUUAAAAUCGGUAGAAAUGCAGCGCAAACUGCAAUUGUAGCAAGAGCCGAUGACGGGAUUAAUAAUUUCGUGGAUUAUACGCAGCAAGCUGCUCUGCCGGGGGUUUAUCAAGCUACGCCUGGUGGAUCACCGAUUCCUGAUACGCCUCAGGCACAGUUUAUUCGGUUAUUUGGGGGUGUGGGAGAUGUUAAGAAGUUUCGAGCUCCCUCUCCGCCGAGUGUGAAUUCUUCUGGGUAUGAAGCUUAUUUUGAGUAUGUUAAGAGUCAAGGGAGAAGAAAUUCGACGGUGAGGAAGGCGUACGAUACUGAGACCGCGUAUUUUUGGAGGGAAAGUAGUCCGAUGUGAGUUUCGUGGAUACUGUGAUGAAGUUUCCAUGUCCUAAUGCGUCAUUGUAGCCAAUGGAAUAGACUUGCUCACGCUGUGAUCGGCAAUUCCCUCGCUACAGAUGUCCUAGCCUCCGCAAAAUUCUACGCUCAACUCAAUUACGCGCUCUCCAACGCAGCAAUCGCAAGCUGGGACUCUAAGUAAGUCCCCCUCUCCCACUUUCCAGAUCUCACCCUCUCCAGAAUCCGGAAUUGAUAGCUGCAGGUAUUUCUACAACAGCUGGAGACCCGUAACCGCCAUCCGAAGACCCGGCAUCUGGCUCGCGAGCGGAAAAGACGUCUCAGAUGCAACCUGGGAACCACUCCUCACCCCAACGCCAAACCAUCAAGAUUACCUCUCCACCCACGCGACAUUCGGGGGUGCAGCAGCGGCGGUCAUUCGUGCGUGGAAUAAGGGCGAUGCGAUUAAUGUUACGGUUAGCAGCAAUGUGACGCUGGACAAUGUCGGUGUGAUUACGAGACGAGUUACGAACUUGAGUGCUGCUGCCAUAGAGAAUGGUCAAAGUCGGGUUUUUGGCGGGGUGAGAGAAUCUGAAUCUGUGGGAGAGUUUGAAGGAGCUUGCUAAUGUGAUUGUAGAUUCAUUUUUCUUUUGCGUCCGAGGAGGGGAAUUGCAUUGGGAAUUUGGUUGCGUUGGAGACUUUGAGGAGGUUUGAUGAGCAUUGGAGGGAGAUUUGAUACUCUUGUUGAUGAUGACGAUUUUGAGUCGGCGGACGGGUUGAUAUAAUGUGUUUUAAGGUUCUCUAAAGUUAAAGUAUCGUGCAAUGAGAUGUUCAGUGUGAC